AUGGAGAUGUCGGAGGACAUUUAUGCCAACAUGGACAUUGUUCUAGAGAACAUGUUUUGUAAUAAAAGGGCAACAAGUAGAGAUGAGGUUAUCUAUGAUGAUAUCAUCAACUCCCACAAGUAGUAUGCCACCUCAAAGAGAACACCAGGAUCUAACCCCUCAGGUUCGGAGAGCUUGGGGUUGAGAUCCUUCAGAGCUGCUGCAGUGUGUCUGGGGCUGCUGUGUGUUCUUCUACUGGCUGGGAUCAUUGGUCUGGGUUUUUAUCACAAGACAGUCGUCGUUGGGUUUGAAGAUUAUAAAGCUUCCAAAAACAACCUGACAAUAGAGAAAGAAGAGUUACAGACCCGUUACAACACUGUGGCUAAAGAGAGAGAUGAGCUACAGACUAGCAACAAGAAACUGACAACAGAGAGAGAUCAGCUACAGAACAACUACAACGCCAUGAAAGGUGAAAGAGACGGGGCACUGAGCAACUACAACAACUACCUUAGCUAUUUUAGAAAAGAGGGAUGUCCUUGUUAAUUCCCACACAUACAGUACUACAGAUCCAAACUUUCAGGAGAUCCACAGCUGAUUAAUGACCUUGCCUCAGAAGCCCAAAGCCUAUAACCAAAGAGAGUAUACUAAGAGGUCCAGGAACUGCUUCUCUAAUAGAAAUCCUAGAUCACACUUGUAGGUGAUGUCAGGGUGAUGUUAGCUAGCUAAGCUCAUGCGCAUAAACGCAUCAUCAGGUUUAAAGGUCGUGUCGCGUCGGACUGCACGUGUCCUCCCAUUGACUUCCCAAACCGCUGGUCUGUUUGGUCUGCUUUGCAGGCAUCCCGGAGAAGUAUUUGUUGCGCUUUUUUAGGUUGCUUGUUUUUUGUUCAUUAGUUGUUGCAAUCUGAUUGAUUUAUCUUGACUAUUGAUUGAUGUAUCUUGUCAAUUGUUGUCUUUGUCACAUAAUGAAAAAUGUCAAUAUGUUGGACAUGAAACAUUUACACAAAUCUGGUUGUAAAAGCCCUAUGUCACAUCUAGAAUAUUACAACAGGUAUGCCUAGUACGCAACAGACUCAACUGACUUCCUGAAAUGACAGUUCCCUGUCUACCAGUGGCUAUGUCUAAAACAGCUGCUGAUAGACAGGUAAAAUGAUAACACACAUAUAGGAAUCUGGUUGCUGUCUUAUUUUCAGACCUAAUAAGCAGCCAAUCACAUACAUAUUUUUGCUAUGUAUGUGUGUGGCAUGCUCAUUGGUGGUAAGACACCUAUACAACGUUCCGUACACACAACACAGCAUUCAUGCUAGAACAUAUUCUGUAGCAGGUAGUAGCAUUUGAGACAGUGGUAGAUUAUGAAGAUGUCAGAGGACAAAUAUGCCAAUAUAGGCCGGGAAAGCAAAGAUGAGAAUAUCUAUGAAGAUGCCAUAUUCUCUCAAGACUCAAGAGACAAGACCAAGGAGGAUGCCACCUCUAAGGGGCAGAUCUGAUAACACAGGUAGGAGACCCUCCAGAGCUGCUGCAGUGUGUCUGGGGCUGCUGUGUGUUCUCCUACUGGCUGGGAUUGUAGGCCUGGGUCUCCACCACAAGAACGUCAUCAGUGGGUUUGAGGAUUGUAAAGCCAGCAACCUGACUAAAGGAAGGGAAGUCACAGCAAACUGGCUAAGAUGAAAGACCAGUUACAGACCAGCUUCAGCACCAUGACCAUGGAGAGAGACCAGUUACAGACCAGCUUCAGCACCAUGACCAUGGAGAGAGACCAGUUACAGACCGGCUACAACAACCUGACUGAAGAGAGAGACCUGUUAAAGAGGGAGAGAGACUUCAGAAUAGAUUUUCUGCCUUAA